CAGCGGCAAAAUUCUCAGCUUCACAUUUGGUUACUGGCCAUGCGCUUCGGAGGAGGAGGGGUGCUUCUGUUACCCCUCGUAGCUUUCUUGAUCGCGCAAAUGCACCAAGUUAAUGCGUUCAUGGCAUAUCGUCCGAUCUCUCUCACUACACAUGUGGAUAGCACUCCGUACGCUCGUUCUUUUGCCCGCACGAGCGUCGUGGUCAAGCCAACUUUGAUCGUCCACCACACGGGGGGGGAGCUGCCCGCGGAUGAAAAGGCGGCGUUUUUGGCAGAGGCCUCGAAGACCGUAAGUGUAACGCUAGGCAAAGCAGAGAGCUAUGUCAUGGUAUCGGUGUGCCCAAGCUCGAUGUCUUUUGCCGGUCAGCCUGGCAACGCUGCAUUUCUCUACCUUGCCAGCAUUGGGCAUAUUGGACCAGAGACCAAUAAACCAGCCGCUAAAGAGCUUACCGCUUUGGUGGAGAAGCACAUGGGCAUUCCUGCCAAUAGAGUCUUCAUUCAAUUUUCUGACGCAGCGGCUGCAAACUUUGCAUGGCAGGGAAACACGUUUGGAUAGAAAAAAGUGUUGGGGGGAAGAACAUGCGAGGCAGACUGGUGAGAUGAAGGGAUAGGGCUUUACAAAAUAGACACAAAAAGCGUCAAAGUGACGUCAUGGUCG